GCAUGCGAGUGCGAGGCGCGUGCGCGUGUGUCGGUUAAUGACGCUGUAUCCCGUUGGUGAGAGCGGCGAUCACUCCGCGGUCCUGGUUUAAUUCCGUUCAUAGUGUUUUGUCGAUUUAAUCCAAAUGGAUCCCGUAAAAAUGUCCAUGCAGCCGCACAGCAGGAAACGUGUUUGCUACUAUUAUGACAGCGAUAUCGGAAAUUAUUACUAUGGUCAAGGACACCCUAUGAAGCCACAUCGUAUAAGGAUGACGCACAAUCUACUUCUGAAUUAUGGUCUUUAUAGAAAGAUGGAAAUAUAUCGACCUCAUAAAGCCACAGCAGAUGAAAUGACAAAAUUCCAUAGCGAUGAGUAUAUCAGAUUUCUGAGAUCCAUAAGACCAGACAACAUGUCUGAAUAUAACAAACAAAUGCAACGAUUUAAUGUAGGAGAAGAUUGCCCUGUUUUUGAUGGUUUGUAUGAGUUUUGUCAAUUAUCGGCUGGUGGAUCUGUAGCUGCUGCUGUAAAACUCAACAAACAAGCCUCAGAAAUCUGCAUCAAUUGGGGCGGUGGCUUGCAUCACGCGAAAAAGAGCGAAGCGUCAGGUUUCUGCUAUGUGAAUGACAUUGUACUUGGAAUCUUGGAAUUGCUAAAAUAUCAUCAGAGAGUUCUGUACAUUGACAUUGAUGUUCAUCAUGGCGACGGUGUAGAGGAAGCUUUUUAUACAACAGAUAGAGUAAUGACAGUCUCAUUUCAUAAAUAUGGCGAAUACUUCCCUGGAACUGGAGAUCUCCGUGAUAUUGGAGCAGGGAAGGGAAAGUAUUAUGCAGUUAAUAUACCUUUGAGAGAUGGCAUGGAUGAUGAAAGUUACGAAUCUAUAUUCGUCCCUAUUAUUUCAAAAGUAAUGGAAACUUUUCAACCCUCUGCUGUGGUUUUGCAAUGUGGUGCGGACUCAUUGACUGGCGAUCGACUGGGAUGUUUUAACUUGACUGUGAGGGGUCAUGGUAAAUGUGUGGAAUUUGUUAAAAAGUAUAAUUUGCCAUUCUUGAUGGUAGGAGGUGGUGGUUAUACAAUUAGGAAUGUGUCCAGAUGUUGGACAUAUGAGACAUCUGUAGCUCUGGGGUCUGAAAUUGCGAAUGAACUUCCAUAUAAUGAUUACUUUGAGUAUUUUGGCCCUGACUUUAAGCUGCAUAUUAGUCCUUCAAAUAUGGCGAAUCAAAACACUCCCGAAUAUCUUGAGAAAAUAAAAACAAGACUAUUUGAAAACUUAAGAAUGCUACCUCAUGCACCUGGUGUCCAAGUUCAAGCAAUUCCAGAGGAUGGUGCUGUCAUCGAGGAUUCGGAAGCUGAAGAGAAGGUAAAUCCAGAUGACAGAUUACCUCAACGCGACUUGGACAAGAGAAUACAACAUGAAAAUGAAUAUACCGACAGCGAAGACGAAGGAGAAGGUGCGCGAAGAGAUAAUAGAUCAUAUAAGGGAUCUAGAGAUAGAAAGCGACCGCGUUUGGAAAAAGGUCAGGAGGCCAUUGAUUCUGAUAUAAAGAAGGAAGAAGAUAUAAAAUCGGAGCCGAAAGAAAAUGAAAAAGACGAAAAAACGAAUUCUACAAAUGAAGAGGCGAAGAAGGACGGCGGAGCGAAUCCCUGAUAGACAAUUGCCCCGGAGCAUCUGAAAAGAUGGAAAAAUCUUUAUUUAAAUUAAAUACAUAUAAGUUUAAGUAACUUAAAUGAUGGUAGCACAUGACAUAUAGAAGUCAUGGCUACUUUUAUCUCGUUCCAUAAUUCAAAAUUUUUGUUUCUGUUAUUAAAACUCAAAAAUGUUUAGACUUUUAGCGAUAUCAGAUACCAUCUUUCACUCUAUUUAUGGCAAUCUCAUUGAAAUGGACACGUAUGAGCGUGUAAUUUAGAACAAGAGCGUAGACUAUUAAAGAUUCGGAAACAUAUUUUUGAAUGUUUUCCAAUGAAAAGUAAUGGAAAAUACCGCACAAAAAUGAUUAAAAAUAUCCAUGCUCGCGCGGAACGGUGUCUUAAUCGAUUCGUUAGGAUUUUAUAAUCUGACCAUAAUUCUUUUUAUACAUAUUUGUUUACAGCAUAUCACCUGAAGUAUAGUGUAAAUCAGUCAAUUUUCGUACGAAAGAUCCUUCGUAGAUCACUCAUAGAUGUUUAUUUUAUUUUUAUAAGCACGCUUUAGUUUCACAGAUUUUUAAAUCAGAUUGUAAGAUAUUGACGACUGGUUCAAAACAUUAGAUUAUACCGAAAUUUUAUCGUUCAAUACUGCAAUCAAAUUCGAUAUACAUGCACACAUACGCACCAACUGCGUGUAUCUUAUUCACGCGCUCGGUAUAAAUUCGUACAUCUUACUCAUUGCGCACGAUUAAUUGAUCUGAUUGAUGAAGAAUAAUGUGCAAUUUAUAUGCACUAUAGAAGGACAGCACUUAGACUAAAUCUUAACAGAUUGCUCUUUUGAAAUAGGUCAAAUGAAUUUGUUUGCUUUCUAUUCCUGUGUACAUAACAUACAGAAAUUAAUCUUGAAGCAAAUAUCCCUUGCAUGCAAUAACAAUACUGGAAUGGUAUAUAUUCUUUUUGAAAAAUGUAAAGUGUAUUUUAUCUUACAUUACUCAAGAGAUAUGUGAAUGUCUAUAUUACUUUGGUCACUUCUCUAGUUUAUCUGGCGAAUUGCAGUGAAUAUUUUUAACUUGUAACAUAUACUUCAGAGAAUUAAAGCUACGUAAGAAAUAUCCACAACUUGACAGAAUUAAAAAUUUAUAUUUUUUACAGCUUUCAUUUGAUUUGUAUAUAUAACUUCAUAACUGUCAUAUCAUAAGUCUCAAUUUUUUAUAGUACCAUAAAUAGGUCAAUUCCCAAAUCUUGAUUAAUCUAAAUAAACUAGAGGGGUAUCUAAAAGGAAAGAGAAAAAAGAUAUUCCGUUGAUAUUUUUGGGUAAUGCAUGAGAGAGAAAUAAAACCAUCGGGAAGAAAGUAUGAGUAAUAAGCAGUUUAUAUAUACAUAUAUAUAUACAUAUGUAUGUAUAUAUGUAUGUAUAUAUCCAUUUAGAGCAUAGCUGUAGAAUCUUAAAUAUAUAUUGAGCAAGAAACUAAUUUAAGAGAUAUAAAAAUUAUUCGUGGCAUCUGAAUCGAUUUUUGCAACAAAAACUAGAUAUCGUCAUAUCGCUAUUGGGCAAAAGUCGAGUCUGCAUUCACGAUUUUUAUGCAAUAAGAAAUAUUUUGUCGCAAACUCUUUCCUCAGAUUGUACAUUCCCACAGUUAUUUUCACUAGCUUUUCGUGUGGAGGCAAAAAUUAUGCAUUGACAAUUUUAUGUAUAUAAAAUUUACUUGUUUAUCGAUAUUCUUUCUAAUACUCGAUUAGGUCAGACCAUCAUUGCUUUUACACAUCCAUAAUAAUCUGUAAUUGACCGACACUUAUCAUGCACAUAAAAAUAAAUUCAAAAUGAUGUAUUGCACAUCUUGUAUAAGUCUAUUCGAGAUAUAGAUCAAGAAAUAUAUAUAUAUUUAUGUUCAUGCAUAAAAAGUACACAUAUAAAUGGGCGUUUUUAAAUAUUUAUAAUAAAAAAA